GAUCGUGACGCCGCAGCGAGCGUUUAUUACAAAUGGCGGCGUCAGCCGUGACCCGAAAAGAAACGCCGUAAGCAGGCUGACUCGGGCGGAGUCCGCCAGACGCACACACCGAGCGCGGACGACGCCCUUAGAGUCCGCGCGGUCGUGUCACGCCAAACAUGUUUUACUCACACCAGCCCGCUUUUACCAUGACGCCCAUCUUCAAAUUGCCCCGAAAACUACAACGCGGGAGCGCGCGCACCUAUGGAGGCCCGGAUGAGGGCGGCGGGCACUUGGCGCGCGGCGCGCUCCCGCCGCAGGACGUCGCCGCAGUGUGCGAGAGCCAGAAGGAGAACGAGGACAAAUGUGGCGGAACCAAGCCUGCGCAGCAAUUCGAGCCGCUGGUCAAGAAGAGGCACCUGAGGGCCCCUCCGACCCCAGCGUCAGAGAAGAUGGCCCGCGCGGGCCCGCCGGAGAGCGACCCAGAGUCGAAUAAGCAACAAAACAAGAUCCCUCACACCGCAAGAAUCCUCAAGGAGCCUCUCAAGUCCACCAAAAACAACCAAGUAGCGCACCAUUGCCAAACCUCGCUGCCGUCAAACCCCCAGCACAAAACCAGAACAGGGUUCCCGCAAAUCCAGGUGGCUCAGCAGAAGACAGUCUCCACGCCUGCUCAACAGAUCAACAAGAGCAGCUCCAAGAACAGAAUCCUCACCUCUCAAUCACAGAGCAGGACUCCUGAAGCGGUUCUUCGAGACACCAAGCGAUGCCUGACGCUGUACGAGCAGAACGAAAUCAAAGAGUACUCGCACGUGUGGUAUGUGGGAGAGAAGGCCAAGAAAAGCCGGCGCUCGAAAGAGGCCAUGUCGGCGGAAGGAGAGUGUUUUGACGACUCCAAAGGGUUCUACAAAGUCAGGGUUGGCGACCACCUGGCCUACCGCUUCGAGGUGCUCGGGGUGAUGGGAUCUGGACUUGCAGGAAAUGUGCUAAAAUGCAGGGACCACAAGACCAUGGUUCUCCUCGCCAUCAAGGUCUUUCGAAACACGACCGAAGGUCACAAGCUUGCACAGACCGAGUUGGACAAUCUAAAGACUCUGCAGCGGCUGGACAAGACAAACAAAGCCAAUAUGGUCCACAUGAAGGAGCACUUCUACUUCCGCAACCACCUGUGCAUCACCUUCGAGCUUUUCGAGAAGGACCUCCACAAGGCCUUAGUGGAAAGUAAACUGCAGCGGCUCUGUGAGGCCGACAUUAGGAAAUAUGCCAUCGACGUGCUCAAGUGUCUAAAGGUGCUGAAAGACAUGCAACUCAUCCACGGCGACCUAAAGCCGGAGAACAUCCUAUUGGACAAAGAAAACAAUGCCGCCGUGAGCGACUUUGGUGGGAGCAUCUUUAUAAGAGGUCGGCCCACAAAUCAGACCCUGGCCUACAUGGCCCCGGAGCGUCUGGUUGGCAAAUGUUGCACCACAGCAUCGGACAUGUGGAGCCUGGGCUGCACGCUGGCCGAGCUGGACUGGGGAUUAUUCCUCUUCAAAGGCAAAGACAAAGCGGACAUUUUUAACUGUAUAACGAGGGUGCUCGGUCUUCCCCCUGUGGACUUGCAGGCCGCCGCCAGCAAGAAAAACUACUGCAUGGAGAGCGUGGACGAGCAGGACAAAAAACAGCCCAAGAACCCUCUCGCCAUGAGGCUGAAGUCGAAAAAUCCAAAGUUUCUGGAUUUCAUUCGCUGCUGCCUGGAAUACGACGCAGCGAAGCGACUCACCCCGGAAAAGGCUUUGCGGCAUCCGUGGAUCAAACAAGCCACCAAACAUACAUACAACAAACCCACCAUCAGCAGCUUACUGAAGCGAGAGAAGAUUCCACCGCCGAUGUUGCAGCCCACCACACUUUACAAAUAACAGCAGGAUAUAUCGCAUCGGACGCCUUCUUGACGACCAGCUUUUUUUUUUUCAUUUUAAUUAUAACCUACAGGCCAGAUUGACAGAUGCAGAAUGCAAAAUAUUGCAGGAAAAAAAACAAAAUGCUUGUACUGUGAUUAAUUUUCAGCAUGUUGCUUUUCUUCACCCAUUGGCGAGGAAAGUAACAAGUGUUUUGUUUUUCAAAGUAAGUGUAACUGCAUAGGUCGAUACUGGGAGGACCGCGGGUGUGAAGAGUGCCGAGCUUGCAAACGAGCUCAGGCAAACGCCGCAAAGUGAGUUUAAAACAAAAAUGUUUAAAGCUGCAAGCAGCGAAGGAGCGACUCUGGGUUCACGCGUGACGCAGUGCGAUCACGUCCUUCCCCCAUGUCCCCCCCCCACCCCCGGGGCCCCGCCACCUGACUUACUUACUGGUAAGGCGGCCAUCUUGGUGUUGUUCAGCCUGACACAAAUGUUAAUGUUGGCAUGCUAACAGAAUGAACCCAAGCAAUAUGGCUCUGAGGCAUACGGCUCAAGAGGUUAGCAUGUUAAUAGUUAGCAUGUGUCAAGUACCAUGUUUUAUGAAUUUGAGGUAUUUCGCUGCAAAAAAAAGUUUUUAAAAUCAUUUUAACAACCAGAUAAAAAGUACCAGGCAGCACUUUUCUGCCUCAUGUUAUUAAAGUGACAUGUAUUUAAUGCUAUUGUCUCCAUUGGGUCACGUUCAUACCAGUGUGGGCUGAAGUGCCUUGCCCGAGGACACAAGGACAAAAAAGCCGGAUUUGAACCAGGAACCCCUUAAGUUCCCGGAUUGCCCCACCUCCAUUUCUUGCUUCACUCAGGUAAAGGUGUUACUUUUUGUCUUUGAAAGAAAAUACAAAGUAAAAGCAGCGACACUAAACACAUUGCUAUCUUAUGUGACGUUAUUUCCCCCAGAAUGCAAUGGUACAGACUGUCUAUCCGUAAUGCAUUGCUCUGUUUGUUUUUGGAUACUUUUAGUGUCUUUAAUGUGUUUUUUUUCGUUAAUAAAAUGCAUUACCUGAUUGUUUGGAAUGUUACUCGCAAACACUGUUAGUUUGAGGAAAAACAAUGUUAACACCAUGAUUGUGGUUAAGUACGUGUUCCUGUUAAGUAUGUGUUCCCGUUCAAUGCUUGAUUGUUUCCAUCAGGCAGCAGUAAAAACAACCACUGUUUUAAAGAAAGUGCAGAUUGUGAUCAUAUAAAUCAAAAGGUUAUUAGAUAAAUCAGUGUACUCUUAUAUGUAAAGUAGAUAUGUAUACUCUGUAUACAUAUCUACAUGUUAAAUGUUCCAUUGGCCCAAUUACAUGUGCCGCCGUAAUCGUAAGUUAUAAUUAUAAUUGUCCCGUGAUUUUUACUUUUCUUGUCCUGUUAUUUCGAUUUUCUCUUGCCUCGUAAUUUUGA